AUGGCGAGUAGGAAAGUAGAGAAGUUGACAUCAAUAGAUGCACAGCUAAGGCUAUUGGCACCUGCCAAAGUCUCGGAAGAUGAUAAGUUGGUGGAAUAUGAUGCUUUGCUAUUGGAUCGUUUUCUUGAUAUUCUUCAAGAUUUACAUGGGGAAGAUAUCAGAGAAACGGUUCAAGAAUGUUAUGAACUUUCAGCUGAGUAUGAAGGAAAGCAUGACCCUAAAAUAUUGGAAGAGCUUGGGAAAGUCAUAACAAGUUUGGAUCCAGGGGACUCAAUCGUUGUAACCAAAUCCUUCUCCCACAUGCUUAACUUAGCCAAUUUGGCCGAGGAGGUUCAAAUUGCAUAUAGGAGGAGGAUCAAGAUGAAAAAAGGAGACUUUGCUGAUGAAAGCUCAGCAACCACUGAAUCUGACAUUGAAGAGACUCUCAAGAGAUUAGUGGGACAAUUAAACAAGUCACCUGAUGAAGUUUUUGAUGCUCUUAAGAAUCAGACUGUAGAUUUGGUCUUCACUGCCCAUCCAACUCAGUCUGUUCGAAGAUCUUUACUCCAAAAGCAUGGAAGGAUUCGUGAGUGUUUGACUCACUUGUAUGCUAAAGACAUUACGCCAGAUGAUAAGCAGGAACUAGAUGAGGCGCUACAAAGGGAGAUUCAAGCUGCUUUCCGUACCGAUGAGAUCCGAAGAAACCCUCCCACCCCACAAGAUGAGAUGAGGGCAGGAAUGAGCUACUUCCACGAAACCAUCUGGAAAGGUGUACCACAAUUUUUGCGUCGUAUCGACACGGCUUUGAAGAACAUAGGGAUAAAUGAACGUGUUCCUUAUAAUGCCCCUCUUAUUCAAUUCUCUUCAUGGAUGGGAGGGGAUCGUGACGGAAAUCCCUGGGUAACUCCUGAAGUUACAAGAGAUGUAUGCUUAUUGGCUAGAAUGAUGGCUGCUAACUUGUACUUCUCUCAAAUAGAGGAUCUUAUGUUUGAGCUAUCAAUGUGGCGAUGCAAUGAUGAACUUCGUCUUCGUGCAGAUGUACUUCUUAGGUCUUCAAGAAAAGAUGCAAAGCAUUACAUAGAAUUUUGGAAACGGAUUCCACCAAAUGAGCCCUAUCGUGUUAUUCUUGGUGACUUGAGGGACAAGUUAUACAACACACGUGAACGCGCUCGUAACCUACUGGCCAAUGGGAUUUCUGACAUUCCUGAAGAAGUAACUUUCACCAAUGUGGAACAGUUCCUGGUGCCUCUUGAGCUCUGCUAUAGAUCACUUUGCGCCUGUGGUGAUAGAUCAAUAGCUGAUGGAAGCCUUCUUGAUUUCUUACGACAAGUUUCCACUUUUGGGCUUUCACUUGUAAGACUUGAUAUCCGACAGGAGUCUGACAGGCACACUGAUGUCCUUGAUGCCAUUACAAAGCAUCUAGAUAUUGGAUCUUAUCGAGAAUGGCCUGAGGAACGCCGACAAGAAUGGCUCUUAUCUGAACUCAGAGGGAAACGACCUCUAUUUGGCCCUGAUCUUCCCAAAACAGAGGAAGUAGCUGAUGUGUUGAACACAUUCCAUGUCAUUUCAGAACUACCGCCAGAUAACUUCGGUGCCUAUAUAAUCUCAAUGGCAACAACCCCAUCUGAUGUGCUUGCGGUUGAGCUUUUACAACGUGAAUGCCAUGUGAAACAACCGUUACGGGUUGUUCCAUUGUUCGAAAAGCUCGCUGAUCUCGAAGCUGCUCCUGCUGCUGUGGCUCGUCUCUUCUCUAUAGAUUGGUAUAUUAACCGGAUCAAUGGAAAGCAAGAAGUAAUGAUAGGUUACUCAGAUUCUGGUAAGGAUGCUGGUCGUCUCUCUGCUGCUUGGCAGCUGUACAAGACACAAGAGGAACUUGUAAAGGUGGCAAAGCAGUAUGGUGUUAAGCUUACGAUGUUCCAUGGUCGAGGAGGGACAGUUGGACGUGGAGGUGGACCAACACAUCUUGCUAUACUGUCUCAACCACCCGACACAAUUAAUGGAUCACUUCGUGUAACAGUUCAAGGUGAAGUUAUAGAACAAUCAUUUGGAGAGGAGCACUUGUGCUUCAGGGCACUCCAACGUUUUACUGCUGCUACGCUUGAACAUGGAAUGCAUCCCCCUGUAUCACCAAAGCCUGAAUGGCGUGCACUCAUGGAUGAAAUGGCAGUUGUUGCAACCAAGGAAUACCGUUCUGUAGUCUUCCAGGAACCUCGAUUUGUUGAAUACUUCCGCCUGGCAACACCAGAAUUGGAGUAUGGUCGGAUGAAUAUUGGCAGUCGACCAUCAAAAAGAAAGCCAAGUGGAGGCAUUGAAACACUCCGUGCAAUCCCCUGGAUCUUUGCGUGGACUCAAACAAGAUUUCAUUUGCCUGUGUGGCUUGGCUUCGGGGCUGCUAUUAAGCAUGUGAUCGACAAGGAUAAAAAGAAUCUCCAAAUUCUUCAGACCAUGUACAACCAAUGGCCUUUCUUUAAGGUCACAAUGGACUUGAUAGAAAUGGUGUUUUCCAAGGGAAACCCUGGAAUCGCGGCUUUAUAUGAGAAGCUGCUAGUAUCUCAAGAUCUCUGGCCUUUCGGACAGAAAUUGAGAACUAACUAUGAAGAUACGAAACGUCUUGUUCUGGAGGCUGCUGGACACAAAGAUCUUCUUGAAGGAGACCCAUACUUGAAGCAGAGACUUCGUCUUCGUGAUGCUUACAUCACAACACUUAAUGUGUGCCAAGCGUACACUUUGAAAAGAAUCCGAGACCCUGAUUAUCACACCAAGGUGAAGCCUCCUUUAGCCAAGGAAUCCACGCAGUCAAGCAAGCCUGCUGCGGAACUUGUGAACCUUAAUCCUAAAAGCGAGUAUGCUCCUGGUAUUGAAGACACACUUAUUUUGACCAUGAAGGGUAUCGCUGCUGGCAUGCAAAACACUGGUUGAAACCCCCUCUUCCUUUCUUAUUCUCAAUUUAUUUGUAUGAAAUGCGUUGCCUUUCAAGGCCCGAUUUUGCAUCCAAUAAAUCCUUUAUUUUUUUUUUCUGGUCUAA